GCCGGGCGGGCGGGCGGACAAGCGAGGUGCGGGCGCAGGCAGCUCCGGGCCGCGCGGGCGGGCGGACAGACAGACGGCCGGAGCGGCGGGAGGGCGGGGCUGCUCGGCGGUGCCCGCUGCACGGACACAGGCGGGCGGACGAAGUGAGCGGCCGGGCGGCCUCCGCGGACUGCCGGCCAGGCGGGCCAGAGCGGCUGCACCCGCACCGAGCCGCCUCGUCCCCCGCGGCGGGCGGGCCGGCCAGGCGGCGGGCGGGCGGCCCGGCUCGGGCCCCGAGCGGAGCGCGGCGCAGGGGCGGGCGGGGCCCGCGGCCGGAGCCGCCACCAUGAUCGCUUUGUUCAACAAGCUGCUGGACUGGUUCAAGGCCCUGUUCUGGAAGGAGGAGAUGGAGCUCACGCUCGUGGGGCUGCAGUACUCGGGCAAGACCACCUUCGUCAAUGUGAUCGCGUCAGGACAGUUCAAUGAAGACAUGAUCCCCACCGUAGGCUUCAACAUGCGCAAAAUCACCAAAGGGAACGUGACCAUCAAGCUCUGGGACAUCGGAGGCCAGCCCCGUUUCCGGAGCAUGUGGGAGCGAUACUGUCGUGGAGUGAGCGCCAUCGUGUAUAUGGUGGACGCUGCUGACCAGGAGAAGAUUGAGGCCUCCAAAAAUGAACUACACAAUCUACUGGACAAGCCCCAGCUUCAGGGAAUCCCGGUCCUAGUUCUGGGAAACAAGCGAGACCUCCCUGGUGCUCUGGAUGAGAAGGAGCUGAUUGAAAAAAUGAAUUUGUCCGCUAUCCAGGACCGAGAGAUCUGCUGCUAUUCUAUCUCUGCCAAAGAAAAGGAUAACACAGACAUCACCCUACAGUGGCUUAUCCAACAUUCAAAGUCACGGAGAAGCUGAGACAGCGGUCCACACCUCCCCCCUGGACCAGGGACCGCCAUCAUCCAAACCCGAAGCCGCGUUCCCUGCAGGUCCCUACUGUCCCCCUUCCUCCUGUCCCCUCCUCAGUGUGUGCGGCUGGGGGGACUCUCCGGGGACCCAGAGUCCUGUUCUGCUGAGGUCUGAACUCCUGUUUUUAUUGUAAAGAAUACUGGUCCCGCCUGGACCCGCUAACUUCUCACCCUCUCCUCUGCCCUACGUGCCCUUUUCCCCUGCUCCCUGCGUCCAUCUCCCUGACUUUGCACCUCCACUCCAUCCCUGCUCUGCCCUUCCCAACACUGUUCAGUUACUGUCCUGUGUGUACAGUAUAUAUAUGUAUAUAUAUUUUAAUUUUUUAAUUUAAGCAAUGACUAAAAUCAACCACAUGGUGAUGCCAGGGCCAGCAGGGGCUUGGGACAGGGCACAAGUCUUUUGGGAGGAAGAAAAGCUCUAGGGGAGGGGGAGCAGGGAAGAGGCUGAUGUCCUGGGGCUGGACCCUGGCCCUGGCACUGGUGGCCAUCCUGCGCCCCUCUGCUCCCAACCUUGUGGGACCCCCACCACCCCCAACUCCUUCCCUCUGGGCAUGGAGGGGCUGCCAGGCACAGACUGGGUGCCAGAGACGAUCUAUCCGGCAUAGGGGGCAAGAUGCCAGCAUUCUCAUCCAGGCCUCCUCCCCCCAUCCCCUCUCCUGCCUGGCCCUGGCUCUUUAGCCCCAGAAGGGGCAGCUUGGCCAGCGGGCUCCCACCCCCACCCCCGUGACCUGCGCUCCUGCCUCCCACCCCUACUCCUACCCAGGGCCUCCCCAGCUCUCGCCCGCCUCCCUUUCUGUUUCUUAUUUGCAGACUUGCACAAGGAGAGAGCUCAGCAUGGGGGAUUUCGUUCUUCGGGGUUUGUUUUGUUUUUAUUUAAUGAAUUGUAAAGUGGCAUCUAUCUUCCCUUUUUUUACAACACUUUCUGGCUCAUAUUGGAUUCCUUCUGUUGAAAAUGACUCUUGUAACUGUACAAUUUUUUUUUUUGCUCCUAAUAAUAACGAGAAAUAAAUUAACGAUUUUGUGUUG